UGGUGGUGGUGGUGGAGGAACGAAGUGGUACGAUAUUGCGAAGAAUGUAAACAGCUAAACUUGGGACUGAUCUCAUUGAAAAGUCUUGCUUUUCAUGAAGUUCCCGCCUAAAGAAGGAAUUAGUCGUAGUAAAACAACACCAACUUCGACAGCACCAGUAACAGCAGCAGAAGAGACAAUAGCAGUGGCAGCGGCAGCAGCAGUAGUAGUAGUGAUAACAAGACCAACAGCAUCGGCAACAGAAAUAGUAGUGCAGCGGCAUUAACAGCAGCAAUUGCAGCAGCAGCAGCAGUUAGAACAACAAUAUUUACAACUUUUUUCACAACCGCUGUAAAAGUGCCAGUGACAGCAGAUAACAACAACAACAACAACAGCAUUGUUAGCAAUGGUAAGAAUAUCAGGAAUUCUACCAGGAAAAACAACAACAACAACAAUAAUAGCUGCAGCAGCAGCAGCAGCAGCAGCAGCUGUUACACGGAUCCCAGAAACCGGCAAACAGCUGCAUUAGUAAGAAACAGCCGUAACAACUAGAACGCCAUCGUCAUCAUUAUUAUCAUCGUCGUCGUGGUAAACAUCUUAAAGAACAACAGUAAUAACCAUCAUCACAACCACUACCACCACCAUCAUCAUCACAACAACAGCAACAGAAACGGUAACGCCAAAAGAAUCACUUCCACGUCCACCGCAACUACCACCACGACCAGCACAAUAACAAUAAUUACAACAGUGUCUGAGUCGGCGUCCUCAUCAUCAUUAAUAAUAAUAAUAAUAAUAAUUAUAAUUAUAAUUAUUAUUAUUAUUAUAACUACAACAGUCGGUAGUACCAUUACCAUCACCCCACCGCCACUCUCACCAUCACCACCAACUGCAACAACAGCAGCAACAACAACAACAGCGGGAAUAACAAGUCGAGCUGUAAGAGAUGGGGUUUCAAUUGCGAAAGUAACAGCAUAGGAUCUUAAAAGCCCCGCCCCCCCCAAAAACUAAAACUAAUAAACGAGAAACGAACAGCACGCAGGAACAAGUCCAACGGGUAACAGCAUCAGGUAACAACAACAACAACAAAGACAGCAGCGACAAUAACAAGAAUAGCUCCAAGAGAAAUAUUCUCAAUUGCGAAAUUAACAGCAAAAUGGGAUCUUAAAAACGCUGCCUCCCGCGAAAGCAAAACUGACAGAAGAAAAAAAUAAGAAUAUAUAAACAAAUAGAAACGAGAACGAGGAACGAGUAGCACGCAGGAACAAGUCCCGCGAGUGACAGCAUCAGGUAACAACAAUAGCAACAACAACAACAACAGCAACGACUAUAAUAGAAUUCGAAACAAAGACACGAAACGUACUUGAAAGAAACUCUUUUACGAAAAAUGGCUGUGGACGUUGAUACUGUUUUGCUGAAUCUGAACGAAAAGGGAUUUUAUCAGAUAGCGCAGUUCGUAGCCACAUGUAUAUCUAUGAUCCCUGUUGCAGUGAGUUUAUUGAAGAUAGUCUUUAUAGGAUUUGUACCCAAAUCAAAAUGUGCCGAACUGAAUAUCACACAGUUAUACCAAUACGGUUAUGAGAACAACGAAACUCAUGAUAUCCAAUACGAAGCUUGUCGAAUACAUAUCUCUAGCCUGACUGGUGAUGGAACUAAUCAUACAUUAAGCUGUAUCAAUGGUUACAGCUAUGAAGAAAAUAGUGACCUUUCUUUAGUGUCUGAGUGGAAAACAUCAGAGUGCAACUUGUUUAUGGAAGUUGAAAUUGCAACACUACGCUUUUGCGUUGGUGCAUUCGGUAGAAAACUCAAGACUUGGUUACGCCACUAG